UUUCUUCCUUUGUACAAACUAGAAAUAAAUGAUUUGAGCUAAAAGCUGGUGUUAAUUAAUAAAAAAGGUCAUCUAGGAAUUUCUUUUCAUAUUCUUUAACUCAGUACAGGCUUUGAAGAGGCCACAGUGCUAGGCAUUCUGAGAGAUGACAGUAGUAUGUCCUAGAGGGUCUAGCCUUCCAAGGUCUUUGCUAGCCUAAAUAUAGUUACACUCUUCCUUGAGAGUCAUUUUCUCUGAUUAAGUAACUUUAACAUUCAUAUUGAAUAUUCACUGUCUCAUAAAGAAUAAGAUGUCUCAGAACUCGUGUUGUGGUGACCCCCCCCACCUUUAAAUUGUUUUUGUUGCUACUUUAUAACUGUAAUUCUGCUACUGUUACGAAUCGUGAUAUAAAUAUCUGAUACUCAGUGUAUCUGGUAAGUGACCCCCGUGAAAGGGUCAUUCAGUUCCUGAAGGAGCUGUGACCCACAGGUGGAGAGCCACUGCUCUGGUGGUGCUGUUUUAACGAACACCAAAUGAGUCUACUUACUCACCAUCCUGUCUUGUCGCUAAGAACCCAUCCUUACCAUCAUAGUUGUUCAUAGCAACCCUCACUGAUGUAAACAAACAGUGACUCCUCUGUUCUGCAAGGUGAAUAGAGCAUUCUAGAGUCAAGCAGCUUCAACAUCCUGAUUCCCUUGGGAAAGAGAGUACCUGGAACAAGACGGCUGCCUCUGCCGCAGGCUCACUUGCUCCUUUGGAAGGGUGUGUUAGGUUAAAUUUUCACACACACACCCAUUAAUGUCUUUAGUAUCUCUUAACUCCUCUGUAGCUGAAAAUGGCCUGGAACUUCCGAUCUUGGGUUAUUUCAAGCUGGAGGAUCUGUGUUACAGUGCAGUGUUUAUCUGGAAUGCCUGCUGGUAAAUUGCCUACUGAGCCAUGAAGACUGGGGCCACUCGUCUUAUCCUUGGGAGUCUGGUAUUGAUAAUCCACCUGCCUUUGAUGUUGACAUCACCUAAAACACUCGCCAUCCCUGAGAAGCUACAGCAAGCUGUGGGGAGAGUCAUUGUCAAUGCCACGGCCUGCACUGUUACCUGUGGCCUUGGCUACAAGGAGGAGACUGUCUGCGAGGUGGGUCCUGAUGGAAUGAGGAGGAAGUGCCAGUCCCAGCGUUUGGAGUGUCUGACCAACUGGAUCUGUGGGAUGCUCCAUUUCACCAUUGUCCAUGGGGAGGAGUUUGAGCUGAGCUGUCUCAGCCCAGACAUCCUGGAGGUGGGACAGGAAGCUUUCCGCUUUACCUGGAAGCUUGCUCGGGGCAUCAUCUCUACUAAUGAUGAGGUUUUUAAACCCUUCCGAGCCAACUCUCACUUUCUGCGAUUUCAACCCGCCUAUGAGUACGACUCUGGGACAUACCGAUGUGAUGUGCAGCUGCUCAGAAACUUGAGAUUUGUCAAGAGGCUCUACUUUGGGCUGAGGGUCCUCCCUCCAAAGCUGGUAAACCUGAAUUUCCAUCAGUCCCUUACUGAGGACCAGAAGUUACUCGAUGACGGCUGGGAAGUUAAUCUGGACAACCAUUCUAAGCCCCACCUCCCAAAGUGGCAAAAGAAAGUGGCUUCAGCCUUGGGCAUAGGGAUUGCUUGUGGAGUGGUUGGCGGCGUGCUAGUGAACAUUGCUGUCCACAGCGUGCUGAAGAGGAUUGAUGACAACAACAGCCUUAGCCUAUAACCUUUCAGCCAGCUUAUGCGAGACUGUGGCAAGAGAGGCCUUUCAGAGCCAAAGGCUGGCUAGGAGGCUUGGAGGAUGCGGCCUCAUCCCUAUACCACUGUGCAGGGCAGCAUUAUCAGUUAUUGUGUUCAGGUUUUCUCAUACUGGCUGCUCAGGAAACCCACUGCAGGUUUUGCUUCUGUUCCUAGGGGAGUUGUGUCUUCCAAGCUUGCUUUUCUCUCCAUAUCUCACGGUGUGUGUGCGCCAUCACCUCCACUCCACCUCUGAACAGUGUGUAUGGACCAGAGUGUACUAUUAGCCGAUUGGGUAGAAACUUUUAUUUUUGUUCAAUAAAAACAAUUCACAGUAA